AUGUUCUGGGGCAGCAGCAACAACAGCGACAAAGAAGAACCCAAGUCCAAACCGGACGAACCCUCGGCAGCAGCAGACAAGAAGCUGCCAGUGCAGCUUCCACAGCUCGGCGACCACGACGAGGACUUUUACGGUGACCUCUAUUCCUCCUACUCAGUCGACUCCACCGAAACCCCCUACCGUUACGCCGCGUACGCUAACCGCCUACGGACAAUCCUCCUCUCCGCGCACCGCUAUGUAGCCUACACCUCAGACAUCGGCGAGUCCUUCCGUCCAGUCGCACACCCAUGGCUCAUACGCUCCGCCUACGGCAUCUCAUGGGCGUAUCUGCUCGGAGACGUGGGACAUGAAGGGUACAAGGCGUACCUGCGCAAUCGGCGCGCCCUGGCCCCGGCAGGCGACGCGUAUAAAGAUGCGAGUGAAGGCGAGAGUGAAGGCGGGAUUAAUUCCACGGGACAAAUCUUCCAAGGCAUGGUGACGGGGAAUCUAGGCGGACAGUUGAAUUCCCAAGCCCAUGCGAAAGAGCUUGCGCCGGGGCCGACGGCGCAGAUCCCGCUCGCGGAGGAUUAUCGCUUGGUUAUGGCGCAGCGCGCUGUGUUUCAGAGUCUUGCCUCUAUGGGAUUGCCGGCGUUCACGAUCCAUAGCGUGGUGAAGUACACGGGGAAAAUGGUGAAGAAUGCGAAGAGUACGCUGCUGCGCACUUGGGCUCCUAUCGGGAACAAAACUAACUUCUCCAAGCUCGGUCUCGCCGUGGUCCCCUUCCUCCCCUACCUCUUCGACCACCCCGUCGAAGAAGCAGUGGAAUGGAGCUUCCGCACCGCUAUUCGCGCCUACGGUGGCGAAGCGGCCGUUCGCACCUUGCCGGGUGGUGCACAGGACACCCUCAGCCAUGAGACUGAGGAGAUUAGUCGAGCGGCUCAUCUUUCGUGGGAGGAGUAUAAGGCUGAACGCGAGCGGGCACGCCAGACAAGAAAAACAGGAGAUACAAUUGUGCAUCUGGCCGCAAGCAAAGGCGAUGGGAAAUUCAUACAAACCGUGCUUGCCAAGUCUGUGGACUUCCAAGUCCGGAAUAAUCGUGGGGUCACCCCAUUAGCUCGGGCUGCACAUCGAGGACAUACAGCAGUUGUGGAGCUUCUCAUCUCCGCUAAAGCAAAGGUCGAUGAUUCGGAUAAUCGUGCAUUGACUCCCCUACAUGCCGCGGCCUACCAUGGAUCAGAUAUGGUAGUCCAAGUACUCCUUGAUGCUGGCGCAAAUCCCUAUAGGACCGCUCAUUAUCGUGGUACCGCACUAAAUAUGGCCAUAAGGAAUGGUCAUCUUUCCACCGUAUCACUGCUUCUGAAGAGAAUGAGACAGCCCCCAGAUAAGACAGACAUAUGGAGUAGCGCUCUGGAUUUCGCCGCAGAAUAUGGCCGCACGGAAGGUUUUCAGCAACUUAUUGCGGCCGGUUUUAAGAUUUCGGACAAGACUUUGCAAGUUGCCGCCUCAGCAGGACGAGCAAAGAUAGUCAAGAUCAUUCUUUCUCAAGGACGUUUCUCAGAGAAUGCAAGGCGUGAAGCUCUGCUCUCAUCAGUUAAGCUUGGGUACAUUUCGGUUGUACGCUUGCUCAUUGGGACCGGCCUGAAUAUCUCGAGUGAGGACCCCAAAUUGGCAGAGGCGGUAGGCCAUUCAGGCAAUAUCAAAACCCUUCGACUGCUCGAUAAUACGGGGGUUGACCUGAACAGAUCCUCAAUAUUGCGAUGUGCUGCCAGCCGAGGCCACACUGCAAUGGUUGAAUAUUUUGCCUAUGCAGGGUGGUUGAACCAUGAUAUGUGCAGAUCAGCCCUCCUUGAUGCUGCUUCUGUGGGUCAUUCUGCCGUGGUUAAAACCCUUCUUGACUGCGGUUUUGAGUUUGAAGGAAAAGAAAGAGAAAUUGCUAUUUCCAACGCUUCUGCGACUGGUUAUCUAGCUUCUACGGCUGGUCAUCUAGCCAUUCUGGAUUUACUCCUCGAACCUGGAGCGCAAUCUGACAUUCGGGCACUUUAUCCUGCUGUUUGUGCUGGACAAGUUGAGAGGGUUCAAUCUAUCCUAACUCUCCACAACAAUUCCUCCACAUCUGACCGGCAGCAUAAUCUUUGGUUCCGAAAGUCCUUAUGGAAAGCAGCUGAAGAUGGCCACACUGUGAUAGUAGAGCUACUCUUGAACGCCGGCGUAGCACCAGAUGACGAUCGUUUCGACAGAGACUCUGCUCUUUACAGAGCAGCUGGGAAUGGCCACAAGGAGGUGGUUGAUUUGCUUGUCAAGGCCGGAGCGGAUAUUUUUCGUGAAAACCAUAGUAAUUACCACCUCCUCUCUAACUACGACAAACACGGAUACACUGCGCUCUAUGCUGCCGCUGGAGGUGGGCACGUGGAUGUUAUUGACAGCCUCAUUUCUUCCGGGGCACCGGUUUCCUUCCAGGGUGCAGAAGGUCAUACGGCACUACAUGCUGCGGCAAGGGCUGGCCAUUGUGAGGCAGCGGAGUUCCUCAUCAAUGCCGGCGCCAAUAUUUCCAUCCAAGCCUACUCCGAGGCCACGCCGCUACAUUAUGCUGCGCAGUAUAAUCGUUUUCGGGUAGUUAAGCUUCUUCUCAAUCGUGGAGCUGAUCCGUCCAUCCUAGAUCGUGAGGGGAGGUCUGCUCUGAGUCGAGCAAUUGAGUUUCACCACGCUGAAGUGGUUGAAAUCCUCAUUGCAGCAGGAAAUCGUACGACAUCACCAUGUUGUUUUUGA